ACAUUAUUUUCUUGAGCCUUCUGCCUUCUACCUGUUUCUGCCUUCAUCUAAAUCUAAAUAAUUAUUAUUUUAAAUAAAUAAAUAAAUAAUUCUAAUAUUUAUUAUUAAUUAAUAACCGAAUUAUUUAAUAACCUGACAUAAAUUUUAAAUCGUAUAAUAGUUUAAUUAUUUAUUAUUAAAUUAAAUUUAUUGUAAAGAAACAAAAUGUCUUAUCAAUUGUACAGAAACACGACGUUAGGAAAUACUCUACAAGAAAGUUUAGAUGAAUUAAUACAGUUUGGACAAAUUACACCCCAACAUGCUCUAAAAGUUUUAUUACAAUUUGACAAAGCAAUCAAUCAAGCAUUGGCGACACGUGUUAAAUCACGAUUAACAUUCAAGGCUGGAAAAUUAAAUACUUAUAGAUUUUGUGAUAACGUAUGGACUUUUAUGUUGAAUGACGUUGAGUUCAGAGAAGUACAAGAAGUGGCUACCGUUCGUAAAGUUAAAAUAGUCGCUUGUGAUGGAAAGGCAUUAGAUACAGCAGAUGCACUGGCAAGACGAUAACACGAAUUGUUUUUGACAAAAUGGGCAACUGGCGUUAAUUCAUUAAGAUUUAUAACUAAUAAGUAAUUUUUUUUUUCUGUUGAUAAUGUUAUGACUAAUUAGCAAUUUCUUAUUAUUAAAUUUGUAUUAGGUUUAUACAUAUAUAAUAUUCAUAACAAAACUAAUUGAAAACAUGAUCCUGAAGUUAACAGACAAUUGAAAAUUUUCGGAUUUUUUUUUUAACAAAUUAAAGUACAAAAAAAAAAAAAAACUGAAAAUAUGCACAUGUAGAAAAUUUAAAAAACUGUAGGUGCAAUUUUUUUAAAUAUUUUUUUUUUUGUAAUUUAUCGUGUUUAGAAAAAUCUAAAAGUCAUUAGACGUUGGCUAAAUCAUGAGUGUAAAUGUAGCUGACAAUUUUCAACUUUUUGAAUUUGAAAAUAAGUGAAUCAAAUGUGAAUCGAAUUCAAUUAAAAAAAUGCGCAUUUAUAGAAUUUGAAUAUCAGUAUGUGAAUUUUUUUUUAUAUUUUUGAUUGUUUAAUUCGUUUAUUCUUAAUUUGAAAUUUUUCUCAGAUUACAUUCGCACUCAUGGUUAAAUUCAGUAUCAUAAAAACAGACUUAUCAUCAACCCAACAAUUUAAUGCAGUACCCCAAUAUUUAUUAUUUUAAUUUCAAUUUAAUAUAAAAAAAAAAAAAUAACAAUUAAAGGAUUGCAGUAAUUUGUUAUUAAUUAUAAAACCGUGAAAAAUUUCGUAUCAUUACACUUAAUUAUAAAGUACGUUUAUUAUAAUAAACAAUUAAUAUUAUUAUUAUAAUUAAAAAAUUUGUUAUUUGUUAACAAAAAUACUGCGGGAAUAAAUAAAAAAAAUUAAAUAUAUGUAUACUAACUUAUUUAAGGGCCAGUUUUUCAAACCGGGUUUAAAUUAAUAUUGCUAGUGAUCUAUCGAUAUACAUGAGUAAAUGUAAUUGACAAGUGUCAAUUUUUUAAAUUUUAAAAUGAAUAAAUCAAAUGUAAGUAGAAUAAAAUUAAAAAAUGCGUAUUCAGAUAAAUGUAAGAUCCGCACGCGCAUUUUUUUAAAUUUUAUUUUAUUUAAAAUUUAUAAACUGUAUCAUGUCUACUACAUUUACACUCAUAGAUAUACCAGCAAUAAUAAUUCAAAUUCGAAUAAAAAAUUCACCAGGUUUAAAAAACCUGGCCCUAAAUUAUAUUAUUUUAUUUAAAUUUAAUGUUAAAAAAUAAUUAAUAUCAAAUUUUAAUGAGUGUGAAUGUAGC